AUGGGGGCGUACGCCGUCGCGAUGGAUACCCUAACGGAGCGCGCCGCGCUGAUGCGUGAAUCGAUGAAGAAAACCCAGGCGAUCACGGACAACGUCGUCACCAUUCUAGGCUCCUUCGACCACCGCCUCUCCGCCCUCGAGACCGCCAUGCGCCCCACGCAGCUGAAAACGCAUUCCAUAAGGAGGGCGCACGAGAACAUCGACAAGACGCUCAAGACUGCCGAGUCUGUUCUCGAUCAAUUCGAUCGCUCACGCGAGGCAGAAGCUAAAAUAUUAAGGGGCCCUCAUGAAGAUUUAGAAAGCUACCUUCAAGCAGUGGAACAACUAAGGGGUGUCAUUCAGUUUUUUACUGGAAACAAAAACUUUAAGAGUGGUAUUGGGAUUGUCAGUCAAGCCAACAACUUACUUGGAAAAGCAAUCCUUAAACUAGAGGAAGAAUUUCGACAGCUUCUCAGCUUGUACAGCAAACCUAUCGAACCUGAUGUUCUCUUUGACUGCCUGCCAAAUUCUAUGAGGCCAUCAUCAGGAUCACCUCGUGAAGGUGAACCGGCUGGAAAGAAACCAUCAGACCACCAUAACAAAAGUUCAGCAGAGACAGUGGUCUAUCAACUUCCAACCCUAGUUCCUCCUAGAAUCAUGCCUUUGCUCCAGGAGAUUUCAAAGCAAAUGGUUCAAGCCGGUCACCAACAGCAGGUUGCCAUUUUAUACAGAGAAGCUAGAUCCACAAUAAUAGAGCAAACUCUGAAGAAACUAGGCGUUGAGAAACUUGGUAAAGAUGAGGUACAGAAGAUGCAGUGGGAAGUUUUAGAGGCAAAUAUAGGAAACUGGAUUCAUUUUAUGAGAAUUGCUGUCAAGCUUUUGUUUACUGCUGAAAAGAAAGUAUGUGAUGAUAUUUUUCUGACCUAUGAUAGUCUCAAAGAUCAGUGUUUUGCUGAAGUAACUGGGACCAGCGUGAUAACGCUUCUCAGUUUUGGAGAUGCUAUCGCUAGGAGUAAGAAAUCGCCGGAAAAGCUAUUUGUCCUGCUGGACAUGUAUGAGAUCAUGCGAGAACUUCAGCCCGAGAUGGAGGUCAUAUUUGGGAGUAAAUACAGUACUGAAAUGAGGGAAGCAUUCACAGCCCUCACAAAAAAACUCGCAAAGACUGCUAAGAAGACGUUUGCUGAAUUCGAGGAAGCCGUUGAAAAAGAUUGCACAAAAACUGCUGUUCUUGAUGGAACAGUCCAUCCUUUAACCAGCUACGUGAUCAACUAUGUGAAGUUUCUAUUCGACUAUCAUGCAACUCUACAGCAACUCUUCAAAGAGUUUGGCGAAAGCGAUUCAGAACAACAGUUGGCAUUUAUAACGACCAAGAUUAUGCAGGCACUUCAGACUAAUCUCGAAGUAAAAUCAAAGCAAUACAAAGAUGCUGCUUUAACUCAACUAUUUCUGAUGAACAACAUACAUUAUAUUGUAAGAUCUGUACGCAGGUCAGAGGCAAAGGAUUUAUUAGGCGACGACUGGGUGCAGAUACAUCGGAGGGUUGUCCAGCAGCAUGCUAAUCAAUACAAGAGAAUCGCGUGGUCUAAGAUUCUGCAAACCUUGACGAUCCAGGGGGCGCAUUCGGCAGUGGAUAGCAACAGCACAGCUGGUGUUUCGAGGGUGACGGUGAAAGAUAGGUUCAAGUCAUUCAACACCGCAUUUGAAGAGAUCCAUCAGCGGCAAUCUCAAUGGACAGUUCCUGAUAGCGAGCUGCGGGAGUCAUUGAGGCUUGCCGUUGCUGAGGUCCUUCUGCCUGCCUACAGAUCUUUCAUCCGACGUUUUGGGCCUAUGAUUGAGAGUGGAAAAAAUCCAACCAAGUACAUCAGAUAUACACCUGAAGAUUUAGAGAGAAUGCUGGCUGAGUUCUUCGAAGGAAAGACGUGGAACGAACCCAAGCGAUAGAUAGCUAGAUAGAUAGAGAUACAUCAUAUUAGGCUGCAAAUUCCACUUGUAAUUUUUUUGUAAAGUUUAUUAUUGCUUCUUUUAUUCUGUAGAAAUGAUAUUAAUCUCCUUAUAAUGUUUAUGCUUGUUCCUAAAUAAAUUGGUGGUAUUUAAUUAA